CGAGCACAUGAUGUGCUGAACCUACAUUACAAAUGCUUCCUCUGAAUUAUUCAGAGCCAUCUAACAACCACCUCACAAGGGCACUGCCCAUCUUACUGAUGAGGAAAUCCAAGAUUCCAAGAUCAAAAACCUAGGCACGCUAGUGAGUGGCAGGGCUGGAUUUAAACACAAGCCUGAGGCCUGAACGUGUUUACGCUUUCUGACAGCUCUAGAGCGAGCACUUCCUUCAUUCGGGCGGCGCCAUCCCACGGUCGCUCUGCUCCAUCUAGGGGAUGAAUGAAGGAUGGAUGGGCGAGAAAGCGGGGGCUCGUUGGCACAAGGUCAGGGGGCAGCCAGGGCGCGUUGCAGGAACCAGUGAGCGGCGUUCCCGGAGCGACCUGCGGGACCCGGGCUCGCUCUGGGGGAGGCGGCACCGCUGCAAGGCGGCAGUUCAGCCCUGGCUGCGAGUAGCGGGCUCGGGACUACGCCGGUUCGGCCUGGGCCGGGGCUCGGUGGAGACAUCCCCUGGACUCCGAGCAUGGGAGAGGCUGCAGCACCGGUGGGACGAGGCGGUCCUAUCGGGACUGCAAGGCCGGGCUCCGAGGAGGCCGCAGCCUGCCGGCUCAGCGGCCCGCAGGCCCUGCAGCCUUCGGUUUCCGCGGUCGUGCCGCACCCAGGUACCUGGAGGGUUGACGUUGUCAUUUCAUCUCCUGGGUUCGCCCCACACCCCGCGGCGCUGCUUGCGGCCUCGGUCCGACCCGGAGGAGCCGAGGUGGUGGGUCCGGCGCUAUUCCGGAGGGCCGGCGUUCGGUACGGGCAGGACUACGACUAGCAGCGGGGGCCCAGUCUGAGGUGUCUUCAGAGGAGGAGGGAGAUGGCCAGUUCCUCCCACAUCAGCACUUGCCUUUACAGUCUGCGGAACGCCUGCAAGAACAAGCCCACUUUGACCACUUCAGCCACCUCAGGACCUAAGCCCACAUUUCUUCAUUGCACAAGGACAGUGGCCACACUGGAUUACAGCCCACUCAAGAAGCUCCAUUCUGACUUAGUCCCAUCCUUAAGGACCUUUGCUCACUCUCUGAGAUUUAGCAUAUGAAUUUUGGAGGACACUACUCAGUCAGUGACAAGUGCUGUGUAUGCCCUGUAGAUAAGGCUGGCCUUUAAUUUGCCUGCCUCUGUCUCCCAAGUGCUGGAAUUAAAGGUAUGCACCACCA